CGUUCAAGUAUUUGGCCGCGAUCUUCUCUCUCUUCUUCUUCUUCUUUAUCUUCGAUCAUCGACGGGAUCAUCUUCUUUAUCGGCUCUUUUCUUGCGAUCUCCGCUCUAUCUCAGAAUGUCCGAAAAAGGACCAAUAAUUGGCCUCUCGUGGGACCCAAAACUACCUUCGUUCUUAUCUUCAACCACAACAGUUGGGAUAUUCGAUAGGCCAAGCAGUGUUUUGUAUAAACCCAGCAGCAGCCAACUUAUUGAUGGACUGUUUGUCCCGCCUAACAAUCCCAAGCAGAUAAACAAAUUGAUGCGCAAACAAGUUAAGGACACUGCUGGAAAGAGUUGGUUUGACAUGCCUGCUCCGACAGUCACCCCUGAGUUGAAGAAGGAUCUUCAGCUAUUGAAGUUAAGGGGUGUUAUGGAUCCAAAGAGGCACUAUAAAAAGGGUGAUUCAAGAUCAAAGACACUUCCCAAGUAUUUCCAGGUGGGCACAGUAAUAGAAUCAUCCUCAGAAUUCUUUACAGGCAGGCUUACGAAGAAGGAAAGGAAAACAACUAUUGCUGAUGAGCUGCUUUCUGAUCCUUCCCUUGGCGAUUACAGGAAGCGCAAAGUGCAAGAGAUAGAAGGACAUAAUAGGCCUGCUGUAGUUGACAAAUGGAAAAUAAGGGGCAAACACUCUAGAAAACGAGCAAAGCAAAGAAGAAACUAACUUUUUCUUACAUGUUAAAUGUCGUCUGCUUAUAAAGAGAGGUUACAUUGUUUGUUUGUUGUGGAUAUCACUCUCACAUAUGACUUUGGGGUCCUUUGUCUGUUUUAACCUCUACCUUUUUUUUCUUCUUUGUCUGAGCAAACAAACAAGAAUUAUGCAAUUGCAAUAUUUGUCUCUUGUUUGUUGA